UGCUUCUUCAGACGUCUUUACUGAUACUUCAGCCCGUAGCUAACAGACACAAUGGAAUAUUUGAUCGGGAUUCAGGGCCCAGAUUAUGUGCUCGUCGCGGCCGAUAAUGUUGCCGCCAGCAGCAUCAUUCAGAUGAAGCACGACUAUGACAAGAUGUUCAAACUCAGCGAGAAGAUUUUGCUGCUGUGUGUAGGAGAAGCAGGAGACACCGUACAGUUUGCAGAGUACAUCCAGAAGAACGUGCAGCUGUACAAAAUGAGGAAUGGUUAUGAACUCAGUCCAGCUGCAGCAGCAAACUUUACACGAAAGAAUCUUGCAGACUACCUUCGGAGCAGGACUCCGUACCACGUGAACCUGUUGCUGGCGGGCUACGAUGACACAGACGGCCCGGGUCUCUUCUACAUGGACUACCUGUCCUCCUUGGCCAAGGCGCCCUUCGCUGCUCACGGCUACGGAGCUUUCCUCACUCUUUCCAUUCUUGACCGCUACUACAGACCAGAUCUGACUCGAGACGAGGCCGUAGAUCUGCUGAAGAAGUGCAUUGAGGAGCUGAACAAACGCUUCAUCCUGAACCUCCACUCCUUCAACGUUCGCUUGAUUGACAAGGAGGGCAUCCGUGACCUGGAGAAGAUCACCCUUGGCGGCAAGUGACUGCUCACUGCUUAACUACUGACCCUCGCGCCCUGGUUUCUCUCUUUCUUUUUUUUUUUUUUUUUUUGUACCAUUGACCUUCUUGCUCUUUCUGUUCCAAUAAAAAGUGACACACAGUUGAGAUACAA